AUGCAGUUACAAUCAUCAUACCCAAGACCACCCCCUCACACACGGACACCCAUGCAAGUCCGUACACCCCUACCCGUCUACCCACCCCCUGAGCCCCUCUCACUCCCUUUACCCUCCCUUCCCUCUCCACCCCGGAAUCCAGCAUUCAACGCCCCAUUCACACUGAGCACGCACAUCUUCCCCGCGUCGUACCUCCGCACAAGCCGGUACGUCGACAUUCCCGCCGCCCCCCCAGAAUCAGCGAGUAAAGCCGAGAGACACGCGUUCCUGCUCAAAACGCGUGCGGAGCUCAGGGAAAUGAGGGGGUCGACGUGGACGGAUGGGUAUCCUCGCGUUUUGUGGAAUUGCGUGAACCGUUAUGUGCGGAAUGAUUUGAACUUGAAGGCGGGGAGUUCGACUGGGUUGACACUUUUUUUUGCGCAUGCGAAUGGCUUCCCGAAGGAGAUGUGGGAAUCUGUACUUGCGGUUCUACUCUCGUCCCCUGCAGGUCAAAUUAUUGACGAGGUAUGGGCAUGGGAGUCUGUGCAGCACGGUGACGCGGCCCUAAUCAAUGCAGGAAACCUCUCUGCAGUCUUCGACUGGCAAGAUAACGCAAGGGAUAUCAUAAACUUCAUGCUCAACUUCCUUCCAGCCGCCCCUUCAACCACACCCCUCCCAACCCACCUAGCACGUCUACCCCACGCCGAAGCAGAACUCCGCAAACUAAACGGCUUCGCACAUCGUACAUUCAUAGCCGUAGGGCACUCUUACGGCGGAUGCACCUCAACCCUCGCAGCACAAAUGUUUCCCAAGCUUUUCUCGGCCCUCGUCCUCGUCGACCCCGUGAUCGUCAAACCACCCAGCACGGAACAAGAAUACGCAGAGGGUACCCAAGCGCGGACUGAUAACCUCAUCCUCGGCGCACUCAUGAGGCGAGAUACAUGGUCAUCAAGAGAAGAGGCCCUAUCAACAUUCCUCAAAAACCCCUUCUUCCGCGCCUGGGAUCCAACCUCUUUAGAGCUCUACGUCACCUGCGGAACAUACCUCACUGGCACCCAAUCAAACGGCACCCAACAGGCAAAGCUAAAAAUGUCAGGUAUGCAGGAAGCCAUCGUCUUUUCGGAGACACACACCGAAUUUGAGGUGUAUGACCGUCUUCCGGCGUUGGAUGAGAGGAUAAAGUUGAGGUGGGUUGUUCCUGGUAGGGAAGAUGCGCCUGAAUUUGGGCCGAAGGGGUCGACGAGGAGGAGGGUUUGGGUUAGGCCUGGGAAUUCGACGAAUCUUAGGAUUGAGGGUGCUGGGCAUUUGAUACCGCAGGAGAAACCUAAGCUACUUGCGAACGACCUACGUGAUUUUAUUCUGCAACAUUAUUCGCCGGUCAAGCCAUUAACGAUGGGGGCUAUGUUGUAA